AUGGUCAAAGACUCAUCACAAAAGAAGACUUCGGUCAAGAAGACCGAGCCCACCAAGAGCAGCAAGUCUGUUCCCGCGCAGCUUCUGGCGUCUGUCUCUUCUUUCCUGUCCACCAAUGGCUUUGCUACCACCAACAGCGCGUUUGAAAAGGAAUUGAAGAAGGCCGGAACCAAGACUGAUGCCGACAAUGCUCCCUCUCUAGUAGAGAUGUUCCAGACUUGGAAGGCUUCCUCUACUGAAUCUACCUCGGCCUCCGCCUCCGCCUCUAGUAGCAGCUCUGAAAGCGAGAGUGACAGCAGCUCCAGCUCGGACUCAGACAGCGACUCCAGUGAUUCUGAUGUCGACAUGGAAGAUGCUUCAACCCCCGCCAAGGCACAGAAGACCCGCUCUUCUUCCCCCUCUUCUUCCUCGUCUUCUAGCUCUGACAGCGAUGCUGAUGAUGAGGAUGAAGAAGAGGCAGCUCCUGCACCUGCACCUGCUGCAAAGAAGUCAGCAGGCGUGAAGCGAAAGGCUGAGUCCAGCGACUCGUCUUCCUCGGAUUCGAGCUCGGAUUCGGAUUCUGAGAGUGACGCUCCUAAGGCUAAGAAGGCCAAGACCACCAAGAAGGCUGAAUCCUCUUCCGAGUCCAGCUCUGAAUCUUCCGAUUCUUCUAGCUCUUCUGAGUCUGAGAAGUCUAGCUCCGAUUCUGGCUCUGACUCUGACUCUGAUUCUGAUUCUGAUUCUUCCAGCUCUAGCGAUUCUUCCGAGUCUGAGAAGGAAUCUGCUAAGAAGACCGACGCCAAGGCUCUGAAGGCGGCUAAGAAGACUCCUCUCCCUGAGUCGUCUGACUCGAGCUCCUCCAGCGAUUCGUCGGAUGAUAGCUCUGAUGAUGAGAAGGCAGGAGGCGUCACCGUAUCCAGCGCUUCUGACUCAAGUGCUACUGUUUCCGCGUCUGACGCUCCCGCCAACAAGGCUGUUGAAGAUGCACGUGCCUCCUCUUCUAGCGCAAGCCCUGUCCCCGGCAAUGGUUCGACAAAGAAGAAGCACGUCGGUGCUCGCCCCACUCCCCUUGCUGCUCUGAGUGCCCUUCCUUUCGAUGGCUUCAACAACGACUACCAGUCCUACGCCUAUGCCGACCGUGCCUUUGCCGACCUCUCUGUUACCCGUGGAAAGGGAUUCACAAAGGAGAAGAACAAGAAGAAGCGCGGCUCCUACCGUGGUGGCCCCAUCGAUAUCGGUGGUGGAAAGUCUUUCAAGUUCGAUGACUAA